AUGAGGUAUCUGAACGACUCGGACUACUAUGGAGGAUUUGAACAGGAAGAUCUGGAUCAAUUGUUCGAAGCAAUGAGAUCAAAUUACAAAGCAUGGUGUUCAGGAUUUGCACCCUUAGUUGUAGGAGGAGACAUGGACUCCGUGGCAAUUCAGGAAUUCAGCAGGACAUUGUUCAACAUGAGACCGGACAUAGCACUAAGUGUGUUACAAAUCAUAUUCCUAAGUGAUUUAAGGCAUUUGUUGGCUCAUGUAACUGUCCCAUGUCACAUAAUUCAGAGCAUGAAGGAUCUGGCCGUGCCUGUGGUGGUGUCCGAGUACCUCCACCAGCACCUCGGUGGGGAGUCUAUCGUGGAGGUGAUGUCCACGGAAGGCCAUCUGCCGCAACUCAGCUCACCGGAUGUUGUUAUUCCGGUGCUGCUUCGCCAUAUUCGUCAUGAUAUUGUCGUUUAAUUAUUAUUAGUACUAGUACUAGUGUAGCAGCAAGCAAAGUUCACUUGCUUGGAAUAAUGGAUGUUGUACAAAAUUGACCAUCUUGCCUUGUAGUUGCCAUCUCCAUCUCUUGUUAAA